CAGCAACCUAGUCAACCAUCAGAUCUUGCGGAAUUGCCAUUUCGCAACGUUCAAAUCUUUGGGAGACAUGACAUCCUCUGUGCUAAUUCAAGGUCGUGAAGAAGACAAUGUCCUCAAACUGCUUGAGGACUUGUUAAAUGCCGAAACUUCUAAGGACUGUGCCAAUAUUGGCGAAAAAAUAGGAGAAAUUUUUAAAAAGGAUGAACCACUAGUUGCUUUGAAAACAACUGGAUUUUUGGAUGGAUUAGAGAAGGCUGGUCGUAAUAAAAAAUCAGGCUUCCACAGGGAGUCUGCAAUGAUCGGUUUUGCUUCUGUUAUUCGGAAGAUCGGUCGUCCUUGCGAGGUCGAUUUCCUUCCUUAUCUUCCAGUUAUGCUAGAUUUGUUCUCUGAUAGAGGUGAAGUCGUUAGAGCUGCUGCUAAGAUGGCUACUGAUGCUUUGCUGAAUGUUCUCCCCCCUGUUGCAGUUGAAACUCGUUUAAUUCCCUCUUUAAUUGACUAUUUGGAUAGCUCAGCCGUAAAGUGGCCAAGUAAGGUAGCUGCUCUUGAAUUGCUGGGCUCGUUGGCAAAAUCUUUCCGUGACGCUGUUGCAACAGCAAUGGGCUCUUUGAUUCCUUGCAUUCGAGAACGCAUGCAUGAUACCAAAGGCGAGGUUUCUCGAGCUGCUAUCAAGUGCAUGUUAGAUCUUUGCACUGUUGUCGAAAAUAAUGACAUUAUUCCUCAUAUUCCCAAGUUGGUCGAUUGCAUGGCUCGUCCAGAGACCCUGGAAGAUUGUAUCAAAGAAUUGAGUGCUACAACCUUUGUUGCUACUGUUGAAUCCGUUGCUUUAGCAGUUUUGGUUCCCAUCUUGAAACGUGCACUUGCUGAACGUUCUCAAAUUAUGUUGCGUAUGACUGUUAUUAUCACUGACAACUUAUGUAAGCUUGUUCCCGAUCCUGCUGAGGCUUCGGACUUUCUCCCAGAGUUGAUUCCAGAAGUCGAAAGGAUCGCUCAAGGUGCUGCUAUGCCUGAAGUCCGUGCUCUUGCGUCUCAUGCCCUUACCACUUUAAACAAGGCUGCUGCUGCCCAAGCUGCAAAGGCCGCCAAUGAUGCUGAGAGACAAGCGCUUUCUGGCGUUCGUAACAGACUUCAACAAUUCGUCACUGAACAUGCGACAUGUCCUCAGAACUUUAAUAUGGAGGAAAUUUUGAGUUAUGUUUGUGAUGCCUAUGUAGCCUUCUAUAAUCACAAGAAUUUUAAUAAGGAGACUUGGGUUAAUGAGAUGGGUGUCCCGUAUCUGACUCCCUUCGUUGGUGAAACUGCUGCUUCCGAUUGUGUUUCCAAAGCUUAUGAUGAUCUUCACUCGUUUUACAAAUUUAUUAAUGGUCCUGAUAUUUCAAACUUACAUAUUGAGGACGAAGAGUUAGUUAACACAGACUUCUCGCUAGCUUAUGGUGGCCGUUUGCUUUUGAACCACACUAAUUUACGCCUUUACAGAGGCCAUCGUUAUGGUGUUGUUGGUCAUAACGGUUGUGGUAAAUCUACAUUACUGAAAGCAAUCGCUGAUUAUAAGGUCGAAAAUUUCCCUCCUCCUGAGCAAGUGAAGACUUGCUUUGUGGCUCAUAGCUUACAGGGUGAAGAUACCAGUAUUGCUAUUCUUGACUUUGUUGCUAACGACCCUUCCCUAGCUGCUAUGAAAGUCACUCGAGAGGAAGCCGCAGCUGCGUUAAAGUCUGUUGGCUUCACAGAAGAAAUGCAAAAGGAUCCAGUUGCCUCUUUGUCCGGUGGAUGGAAGAUGAAAUUAGAACUGGCUCGUGCCAUGUUGCAGAAAGCUGAUAUUCUUUUGUUGGACGAACCUACUAACCAUUUGGACGCUGCAAACAUUGCUUGGGUGGAAGCUUAUUUGAACGCUCAGACUCAAAUUACUUGCCUUAUGGUGUCUCACGACUCUUCCUUUUUGGAUCACGUUUGUACAGACAUUAUUCAUUAUGAAGGUGUCAAGAAUAAUGCAAAGAAAUUGGGUUAUUAUCCUGGCAAUCUUUCUGCUUUCGUUGAGAAGAAGCCUGAGGCCAAAUCUUAUUAUACUCUUUCAGCUACGAAUGAAAAGUUCGUUUUCCCUCCCCCUGGUAUUCUUGCUGGAGUACGUUCCAACACUAGAGUCAUCCUAAAAAUGACUAAUGCAAGCUAUACUUAUCCUGGUUCUUCCAAGAAAUCAUUAGAUGAUGUUACUGUUGGUCUCUCUUUAUCUUCCCGUGUUGCGAUUCUCGGUCCAAAUGGUGCUGGUAAAUCUACUCUUAUUAAAGUAUUGAUCGGUGAGGUUAUUCCUCAAGAAGGCCGUGUUUUCAAGCAUCCUAACCUUCGGGUUGGUUAUGUAGCACAACAUGCUUUCCAUCAUUUAGAUCAACAUUUAGAGAAAACACCCAGCCAGUAUAUUCAAUGGAGAUAUGCUGGUGGUCAAGACCGUGAGGUCUUAGAAAAGGAGACUCGCAAACUAACAGAUGAGGACCGUGCUCAACUUCAACGUGAAAUUACUGUGGAUGGUGAACGUCGUAGGGUAGAAGCUCUGAUUGGUCGUCAAAAGUUCAAGAAAUCUUUCCAAUAUGAAAUUAAGUGGCUUGGGAAGCCUCAUAAGUACAACAAUUGGAUUCCUCGUGAAUUAUUGCUUGAAAACGGGUUCCAAAAGUUUGUUCAAGCCUUCGAUGAUAUGGAGUCAUCUCGUGAAGGUCUUGGUUUUAGAGAUCUUAUCCCUGAAGAAAUCCGUAAGCACUUUGAAGAUGUUGGACUUCCUGGUGAUAUUGCUGAUUACAGUCCUUUGAGCAGCUUAUCUGGUGGGCAGAAAGUGAAGGUUGUUAUAGCUGCUUGCUUGUGGAACAACCCCCAACUUUUAGUCUUGGAUGAACCCACAAACUUCUUGGAUAGAGAUGCUCUUGGCGGUCUAGCAACUGCUAUUCGUGAUUGGGGUGGUGGUGUUGUUAUGAUUUCUCACAACGCUGAAUUUGUCUCUGCACUUUGUCCUGAGCAAUGGCAUGUCGUCGCCGGAAAGGUCACAAACAAAGACAAGGCAGCUGUUGACAACGAGAAGUUUGAAGAUUUAUCCGAAAAGGAUUUGAAGAAGAUUGAAUCCAAGACUACUAAGAAGAAGAAGCUCACUCGAAAUGAAAUGAAAGCCAAAGAACGUCGUGCUCGUGAUAGAGAGCUCGCAUGGUUGUCCUCACCUAAGGGUACUCCCAAGCCAAAGACUUUCUUCUCUGACGACGAAGAAUAAAUGAUUUAGUGUACAGUAAAUGUCUGUAUGAUCCGGUGCGUUUAUGUACUUAUUUUACUUCCUUCUUUUUUGGGUCCAGUAAAAGUUUGGUGGAACAGGUUAAUAAUUUAUGCAUCAUUUAAAAAUUGAUGAUUCCAAAAGAAAUAAUUGUUAUAUAUGUGGGUUUGGUUUGGUGUUUAAUAGAUAUUUUACUAGACAGUUAUAUCCGUUUUUAGGUUUCAAUAAUUUAGCUUUUUGAUUUUUUGAUUUUGAAAAUUUAUAAAGUAUAUAUUAAGUCGAUGAAAUAUGAAAAUAAAAAACACGA